GUAGAAGUUAGGUUAAUUCUUACUAAACUAAAAUUAUAAAUAUUUUAAUCUUUAGUCAUAAGGGGGUAGGGUCUUAAUCUUAUUUGUGGAUGUUUCCAAUAUUUUUAUUCAUAUGAUUCACUAACUAUGGAAUUUAACAUUAACGAAAAAUUUGUUGAAUAUGACCUAGAGUAGAGGAUCAGCUAUCCAAAUCAACAGAUUUUGGUAACUUGAAGCAUGAAACAGAAGAUAAGAUAACUCAAUAAGUAAGACAAGUAAUAAAAGUAGUAGGUACACAAGGGCUGGUACUUUCUGCUAAUACUCCUUAAUCCUCGGUUACUACUAAAAUCAGCUGAUUAACUUUAAUGACGGGUUAAGCAUCAAUUCGGUACUUUCAGUUAUGGAAGUGAAAACAGAAAUUAAGGAAGAGUGUAUUGAAGAUGAUCAAGGAUAUGCAGAAAGUCAUCUAUCCACAUCCCUUGAUUUGGGAGAUUUAAAGAAUGAACCAGAUGAGUAUAAUUCAGGGAGCCUGGAGAAACAUACGAAAUCAAUCAAAACAUUUGAACAUCCAUGUCAUAAAGAGCAUCCAUGUCAUAAAGAUACGAAUCCAAAAAAAUCUUAUCAAUGUGAAAUUUGUUUGAAGUCGUUUUCCCGAAAAGGCUAUUUAAAAGACCAUCUUAGAAACCACACUGGAGAACAACCAUAUCAAUGUGAAAUUUGUUCAAGGUCGUUUUUCCAUGCGAGUAUUUUAAAAUCACAUAUGAGAAUUCACACGGGAGAAAAACCGUUUCAGUGCGAAAUAUGCUUUAAAUCGUUUACGCAAUCAGGUGCUAUGCAUAAACAUAUGAGGACACACGCUAGAGAAAAGCCAUAUCCGUGUGAAAUUUGUUUGAAGUCGUUUUCCCAAAAGUACUAUUUAAAAACACAUAUGAAAAUACACAGUGGAGAACUUGAAUAUCAAUGUGAAUUGUGUCCAAGGUCGUUUUUCCAUGCGAGUAUUUUAAAGACACAUAUGAGAAUUCACACUAGAGAAAAACCGUUUCAGUGUGAAAUAUGCUUUAAAUCGUUUUCUCAAUCAGGUGCUGUGAAUGAACAUAUGAGAUCGCACACUAGAGAAAAGCCAUAUCAAUGUGAAAUGUGUUUAAAAUCGUUUUCCCAUGCGUGUACUUUAAAGAGUCAUACGAGAAUGCACACUGGAGAAAAACCGUUUCAGUGUGAAAUAUGCUUUAAAUCGUUUUCUCAAUCAGGUGCUAUGCAUAAACAUCUGAGAACGCACUCUAGGGGAAAGCCAUAUUGUAACAAAAAAGAAGAUCUUCUGUUGGAGUGAAAUUUGGUUGGAAAAUAAACUCCAACAGAACUAGAAAAAGAAUGCUACUCUAGAUGUAGCUAAUAUGAUAAAAAUUAAGGGCCUUGUGCGUUGAAGAAGCCGAUGUAACAAAAUACUACUUUUGCAGUAGUACUUGUAUGGGGAAUGAGCAUUGAAAAGAGUCAGAUGAACUAAUACAGAAGUAUGAAUAGACAGAUGCAAACUGAAUGUAGUUAGGCUAGCAAGAUAUGCAAGAGAACGACAACUUGACACUCAAGGAUGGAUACGGCCAAUUUGCAUGCCUGUCAAAGACAGUAGAUCAAAAUAGAUAGUCAUGAUGACUAGAAAAGGAACUAUGAAGAUAAGAAUAGAUGCUCUGAAAAUAGAUAGAAUAAAUAGAAUAAUAUAAUUAAAAUAGAAGAAUAUAUUAGAUAAAUAAAAUCGAAUAAGUUAUGGGCGCCAGAAGAUGGUAUCGACCAAUCUUUCAGAUAUCUUACACUGCUGUAAAAUAUAUUAAAUCAGUAAAUGUA